UUUGGUAAGACGGAAUUGGACAAAGAAAAGAGAGUGCUCAUACCUGAUCGUUUAGUCAACGAGACAAGGGUCGAUGUAAUUGAGGCGAGCAAGCCGGUUAGUUCGCGAAUCCUGUUCAUCCAGCUUCCCACAGAUGAACGCAUCCUUCCUUGUCAUCCAAUAGCUAGAUUGAACCCACCUUUGCCCAGUCACUUAAGACUGCCACCAUGUGCGAUGGUCAAUGGUCUUUCGGUAAUGUGGACCAUGGGCUGUCCUAUGAGAAGUCAAUCUAUACAAGCUGCAAUUGGAAUGUUUUUCCAGGUUGCCUAUUAUAUGUAUAUGACGGGACCAAGAUAUCGUCCUACCCUCAGGGUGACGAGUAACGGCCUGAAUAGCGCUUUUAGAGAGAAAAAGUAUGGUUAUUUAUUUGAUUUGUAUCCUCUCCUCUAA